GCCUUAAAGAAAGUUACCCAAGAAUUUCAAAGAGAUCUUUAUUCUAUGCAUCCUAGAUCUAUCAACCUUCUACCCAAUGGGUUUUAGAAAAAAAAAACCACCUUUCUCGUUCAUGAGACUGAAAAUAACAGCUCAGAACGGCUCCAACACUUGAGGUGCGUCAACAGCAACCUUAAAAUUUUCUUUACCAUGUUUCUCUGCUCUUGCAAUUGCCACAGUUCCGGUCUCCAAAGAGCAACAUAAAUUUCAGUAAGCAUGUUCUUAUUUGGACUUUUUCCUCUCUUUCAUUUCCCUGAGGUUCCAAUCUUUGUUACUAUUUUAUUUUUGUCUUUUUGAGUGUAAGGGUGAUGUGUGUGUUGAUUGUUUUCCUCAAUGUGUGGGUUGAAUUGAGUCUCUAGAGAUGCAGAGACAAUAACUUUGUUCUAACAAAGAGGUAUACUGAGACACACCGCAAAUACCUUAGGAAAUGAGUUGGUUUGAUUCUCAAAUCUGCGAUGGCAGUGAUGCUAUGAGCAACCCCACUAGUAUUUCUCCAUCUUCUUGUUCUUCUUCUGCACCAUUGUCUUACACUUCUGAGUACAAGAAACAACUUCCCCCUCCUCUGUCUUCUUCAUCUGGCACCAGAAUAAGCCCUGCAAUUGUUUUCAUCAUUGUCAUUCUAGCUAUUGUGUUUUUCAUCUCUGGUCUCCUUCACUUGCUGGUUCGAUUCCUCAUAAGGCACAUGUCCUCUUCGUCAAUUUCCCAGUCCAAUAGGUACCCUGACAUGUCGGAAUCUGACCCUUACCAGAGACAGUUACAGCAGCUGUUUCAUCUCCAUGAUUCAGGCCUAGAUCAGGCCUUCAUAGAUGCUCUCCCAGUUUUCCUAUACAAAGACAUAAUAGGUUUGAAGGAGCCUUUUGAUUGUGCAGUGUGUCUUUGCCAGUUCUCAGAACAAGACAUGCUGAGGUUGCUGCCUCUUUGCAACCAUGCUUUUCACAUUGAUUGCAUAGAUACAUGGCUGCUCUCAAAUUCAACUUGCCCUCUCUGCCGAGGGAGUCUUUAUGAUGAGGCAGGCUUUGAAAACCCAGUUUAUGACUUUGAGGGUCUGAGGGAGGAAGAUGGGGUUUCAGGCAGUGUUGCUGCAGAGACUGGUUCCUUCAACAAACAUGCAGAAAAUCACAUAAUGAGUGGGAAAAGGGUGUUUUCUGUGAGGCUUGGGAAGUUUAGAAGCUCAAAUAAUGGAGAAGGGGGUGAGAGCAGUACCAGUAACUUGGAUGUUAGGAGAUGCUAUUCAAUGGGGUCCUUCCAAUAUGUUGUUGCUGAUUCAGAUUUGCAAGUGGCUUUGUGCCCCAAUAGUGGUUGCAGUGUGAGACAAUUCAAAGGUAGAUUGGACCAUUGUGGGAAUUCUUCCACUGAAGGUGAUGUUGAAGGCAAAAAAAUCAACAUUGCAAGGAAAGGUGAAAGCUUUUCUGUUUCCAAGAUCUGGCAAUGGUCUAGGAAGGACAAGGUAUCAAAUUCACCACAAAACCAUUUGGGUGGUUCUUUUGUCCCUGCAGCUUUGCCAUGGAUGAAUAGAGCUCAAGGUACAUGAAGCAACUCAGUAUUUUGGGGUUCUUACACAUUUUCAAAUGAGUCAUCUUUUGAUCUCCUUUUCACCAUUUCUUUUUUAAUUUUCAUACUCCUGAUUUUACAUUUCUAUUGGUAAAAUACUUGUAAAUUAGGCCAUAAACAUUCAAUCAAACAUUACCCUUUAAAUAAGAAUCAUCCUUGAGUGUGUGUAAGGAAAAACAUUCCUUUUAUACAAAGUUCCAUUUCUGUUUGUUUACCCUUCACUUGUAAUUUUCCAUAAUGAUUAUCAGAAACACCAUCUGUUUUUUUUUUCA